AUGUCUGGUUCCACGCCAUUCACGGCUCGCUCGCCGACACAGUCGAAUCAAUACCCACCUUAUUCACCCACUCCCCCAAAUCGCCCUUACUUUGGUCAUGAACCAUUUCAAAUGCCUCCUCAACAUCUAAUUCAAACUCCUCCUCCGUUUCCUCCUGCAUCGUUGGUACAAAGCCCCCAUCAUAGUCGACCACCGACAUUGGCGUCACCCUUGCUGGCACCGAAUGCCUUGCCGCCUCCAUCAAUGGGUGCUGGUCCUCAAUACCAACAGAUAACGUCAAGCCCUCCUCCAUUCGCGCUUCAAAGAACGUAUUCCGGUCAUCUGGUUCAUCCAAGCAUGCCUGCGCAAUACGACGGCAAUUCAACGCACGCACACCCUGCCGGACCUCCAAGUGCUGUGUUGCAAUCGCCUAUGAGAGAUCACCAUCCUCUAACUAAUGGAAGACCCGCCGAUAAUCCUCCCCCUAAUUCGCGGCCUCAAUCAAAAGAAAAGUCGGAUAGGGCCAACAACCCAAUGUCCUUUGCCAGUAUCCUGGGUCCUUCAAACAAUGAACCAUCUCCAAAGAUGUCUGAAACCCGACCUUCACGGCCGGUAACACCUCCAUCGAAGCCCAUGAUAGAAAAUAGAACCAUCCCUGAAAAGGUAGCCGCGGCCAAUCUUCCAGAAACCGACUCGGCUCGACCUCUCACAAAUGGCGAGACCAAAGCAAAAUCAACGGUAGACACUAUUCCAGUCAAGAGAAAAUAUGUUGCACCCUCAGGACCACGCAAGAUUCUGACGGAAGGGGAGGCCGAAAGGAUAUUGAAAGCUCUUGCGGACAUUGAUGACGCCACGUUCAGUGACGUUGAAGAAGUCGGCUUCUAUGAGCAGAAAGAACGGUACAAGCAACGUUGCAAAAAGAGAGCGGCAGAAGUAGCUGAAGUUGAAUUGCGCAAGCGCAAGCGCCGACGUGAAUAUUUUCUGGAUUCCUUCAUCAAGUCGUUGGAAGUGCCUGCAACCAGUGCUGCUCAACGAUUCCGCGACCGAUUCGAACCGAUUGCCGUGAAAGAAAUUGCAGACAAAGAUCAACAGAGUGAGAAGGAACGGAAGAAAGACAUGCAGCGGAAGCGUCGCCGUGAGGCACAAAUCCGCAAUGAGACUCAGAGAAUGGAAGAAUUUGAACAGCGCGCGAGAGAGGCCGGCGAUGAAGAAGACAAACAGAAAUUCUUAAGGCAAGCAGAGAAGUCUCAAGCCCGAAUUCGACAAACCACGGAACUCCUCGAAGGCGGGCCUGCGCAAGAGGACAUGGAAGUGCCAGCUCCCGCUCCUAAUUACGAGGGAGGAGUUACGUCUUCUUUCCAACUGGGUUCGCCUGAGCCUAGCGAGCCACCCAAGAAGCGCAGCAAGAAAGAAGGUGCUGCACCGUCCUCCCGGCUCAAGAAAUCCAAAGAGAAGAAACAGGCGGAGAAGGAUGCCGCAGAGGCUGCGUUUGCUGCUAUGGAAAGAGAUGCUCUGGUUCAGAUCGCCCCCAAGGAAGAAGCAAAACAAGAGACCAGUGCCAAGGGCAAGAAAUCAAAAGAGCCAGUUGCUGUCGGGACUCCUGGACAUACCAUCAACUACGACUCCAAAGGCUACAAUCAAAUCUACGAACAAAUCUGGCGAGAUCUGGCUCGGAAGGAUAUUCCCAAGGUCUACAAGAUCAAACAGCUCUCCCUCAGCACCAGACAAGAAAACUUGAGGAAAACGGCAAUUCUAGCCAGCAAGCAGGCUCGAAAAUGGCAAGAGCGGACCAACAAGAGUAUGAAGGAUACUCAAGCCCGAGCCAAACGAGUCAUGCGCGAGAUGAUGUCUUUCUGGAAACGAAAUGAACGAGAGGAACGCGAUCUGCGACGUAUGGCCGAAAGAAAAGAAAUCGAAGAUGCAAAGAAGGCCGAGGCAGACCGUGAAGCCAACAGACAGAAACGCAAACUCAAUUUCUUGAUUUCCCAGACCGAAAUCUAUUCGCAUUUCAUCGGCCGAAAGAUCAAGACCGAUGAGGCUGAAAAGACCACCGACGGUACCGUAGCUCCUGGUUCAGGCGAGCCAACCCAGCCUAGUGAUGGAUCUAUGGAUGACAUCUCGAUGCCUAAUGAAGUUGGACCAAAGGUCACCAACUUUGAGGACCUUGACUUUGAUGCUGAGGACGAGUCAGAAUUGAGAAAAGCCGCCAUGGCCAAUGCUGCCAGCGCGUUGAAAGACGCCCAAGACAAAGCCAAGAACUUCAAUGGCGAAGACCAGAUGGCUGCUCUCGACUCGAGCGACAUGAAUUUCCAAAAUCCCACUAUGGCGGGGGAUAUUCAAGUGACCCAACCGAAAAUGCUGCAAGCCCAACUCAAGGAAUAUCAACUCAAAGGCCUCAACUGGUUGGUUAAUCUUUACGAGCAAGGUAUCAAUGGUAUUUUGGCAGAUGAAAUGGGUCUCGGCAAAACUGUGCAAUCUAUCUCGGUUAUGGCAUACCUGGCAGAACAGCACGGUAUCUGGGGUCCUUUCAUGGUCAUUGCCCCAGCCUCCACUCUGCAUAAUUGGCAUCAAGAAAUCGCCAAAUUCGUUCCAGACAUGAAGAUUCUCCCAUAUUGGGGUAAUGCAAAGGAGCGAAAGACGUUGCGCAAGUUCUGGGACCGCAAGAAAUCCACAUACGUCUUCGAAAACGAAUUUCAUGUCCUCGUCACGUCGUAUCAACUGGUCGUUCAGGACGCGCAGUAUUUCCAGAAGAUCCGAUGGCAAUACAUGAUUCUUGAUGAGGCUCAGGCUAUCAAAUCAUCGAGUAGUUCACGAUGGAAGACUCUGUUGGGUUUCCACUGCCGAAAUCGUUUGCUGCUCACAGGCACGCCCAUUCAAAACAACAUGCAAGAGUUAUGGGCUUUGUUGCAUUUCAUCAUGCCUACCCUUUUCGACUCUCACGAUGAAUUUAGCGAUUGGUUCUCCAAGGAUAUCGAAAGCCAUGCUCAGAGUAAUACGAAGCUGAAUCAGGAUCAACUGAAACGACUCCACAUGAUUCUCAAGCCAUUCAUGUUACGUCGUGUGAAGGCUCAUGUGCAGAAAGAAUUGGGCGAUAAAGUGGAGAUUGAUGUCUUCUGUGACCUCGCUUACAGACAGCGUGCUUACUAUGACAACCUCCGCACCAAGAUCAGUAUCAUGGAUUUGAUUGACAAAGCGGUAUUGGGUGGGGGUGAUAAUGACCAAGAAGCAGCCACCCUGAUGAACUUGGUGAUGCAAUUCCGAAAGGUGUGCAACCAUCCCGAUCUCUUCGAACGAGCCGACAUAACGUCCCCAUUCUCGAUGUCGUACUUUGCGGAGACAGCCUCGUUCCUUCGCGAAGGCCACUUCGUGCAGAUCGGCUAUUCUGUUCGCAAUCAAAUUCAGUAUGAUCUGCCUCGAAUCCUGUGCAAUGAUGUGGGAAGAAUUGACAUUGCCGGUCCCAAUAAUCCCACGGCUGGUUUCCGACGAGCUGGUUUCAAGACGGACCGACUGAAGGAUCUGAUGAGAAUCUGGACUCCCGAACAUAUCCAAUCGUCCAUGGAGAAUGAUGGGGCUUUCUCAUUCCUACGCUUUGUCGACACCUCGGCAGGCGAAGCGGCUUCUAUCGGGGAUCUGGGGACGUUCGAGCGUGCGAUCAGGUUGAAGAAGCAACACAACCGAGCGUUACGCAUCGUCGAAGAUUCGGAGGAAGGACCACCCCCACAUGCGAUGUUCCACAUUGUCAAAAACAGCCCACCAAAGGCGCUCAAAGAUCUCGAUCCGAAUUCACAUCUUUCCCGACUCUGCAACAUUGCCCGAGAGUGCUAUGUGGAUCAAGGAUAUUCAGUCAUGGAGCCCGCUGCGACACCGAAUGCUUCAGCUCCUCCGAUCGAGAUCAGCUGUUCUGACCAGUCUUCGAUUGCCGAGCGGCAACUGACCAUGUUCAACAUGAGUGUACGAAGUUCCUUGUUCCCCCUGGAAGAAUCCUCGGAGGAGAGCUUGUUGAAUCGCGACGUGGAUCCUGAGAAUUUCCCGGUCUCGAACAUGCUACCCGCACCUGAUUCUCAGAAGGCUCGGUACACCAACAUCACCGUUCCUUCCAUGCGCCGACUCGUGACGGAUUCCGGCAAGCUGGCCCGGUUGGAUCAACUUCUUCGAGAACUCAAGAAUGGUGGUCAUCGAGUAUUGUUGUACUUCCAAAUGACCCGUAUGAUAGACCUUAUGGAGGAAUAUCUGACGUAUCGCGGCUUCAAGUAUUGUCGGUUGGAUGGAAGCACCAAAUUGGAAGAUCGUCGAGAUACUGUUCAUGAUUUCCAGACCCGGCCGGAAAUCUUUAUUUUCUUGUUGUCGACCCGCGCUGGUGGCUUGGGUAUCAACCUGACGUCGGCCGAUACCGUCAUCUUCUACGACUCGGAUUGGAAUCCAACCAUCGAUUCCCAGGCUAUGGAUCGAGCACACCGAUUGGGUCAAACCAAACAAGUUACAGUAUAUCGUCUGAUCACUCGAAAUACCAUCGAAGAACGAAUCCGAAAACGAGCUAUGCAGAAGGAAGAGGUUCAACGGGUGGUCAUCACGGGUGGUGACGGUGCCGGGGUGGACUUCAAUACCCGAGAUCGACGUGAGAAUCGGACCAAAGACAUUGCCAUGUGGCUGGUGGACGAUGAUCAGGCUGCCCUUAUCGAAGAGAAGGAGAAAGAAAUUGCCGAGCGGCCGGAAGAAGAAAUUUCGAAGAAGAGAAGUAAGAAAGCCGCGACCGCCGGUGGGCGAAAGAGAAGGGGAGAGAUGAGUUUGGAUGAGAUGUAUCAUGAAGGUGAGGGACAUUUUGAAGAUGCAUCAGCAAAACCAUCAGGAGCAGCCACUCCAGUCAGUACGGGUGAGACUCCAGGACCCAAGAGAGGACCUCGAGGCGGCAGAGGAGUGAGCAAGAAAGCGAAGACGGCUAAACAACGACUGGCCAUUGUGGAUGCGGAAGGAGAUUUGGGGAUGGGUGGGAUGUGA